AUGAGGGGUCGCCAUUCCCUUCACUUACCGUCUGUUCGUGACUUUGAGUCCGUGACUAAGUCUGUGAGUUCCUUAACUCACGCGCGGGAACGCACAGUUGCCUAUCCUACAUGCACACAUUUAGUUUACGGCUACGUGGGUGUAGACACUAAUGCUGAUAUCAAGAUUCUCGAUGAUACCUUGGUCACAAAAUACAACCAGUUCGAUCAGCUGCCUAAACAGAAAGGCACCGACAAGUCACUCGUAGCCAUCGGUGGGUUCAUGCACGCCAUGGAGAUCGUGGUCGCACUCGACAACCCCUCCCUGUUCUCGAAGAACGCAAUGGCUUUCCUUAAGAAAUACAGUUUCGAUGGCAUUGUCCUCGAGUUCACUAACGGCUGGUCCGUCGACUAUAUGGAGAAAUACAUCAAAUUGGUGACUGUCCUCAAGGAGGACUUCAAGGCCAGUGGAUACGUGUUGGGCUCCGUGUUGGCCGCCGAGCGCCCUGGUUAUGAAAUUGACAAAGUGAUCGAACAGGUGGACUUUAUUUCCGUGAACACCUUUGACUAUAAUGGACCCUGGCACGAAACUCCCCCGCAAACCCCAACUGGCCAUGGUGCCUCAUUGACUGAUAUCACGGUAGGCAAUAAAAGUUUAGACGGCACUCAACCGUAUAAUAAGCACUUAAUGUGGGGCAAACCUUUCCGGAAAACUUAUAUCUCACUCCCGUUUUAUGGACACACCUGGAAACUGGCCGACCCUACUGACCACAAAAUCGGUUCCCCGGCUAGUGAUAAGGGCCCUGCUCAACCAUUCACUAAUUUACCCGGAAUAAUUGGUUUUAACGAGGUGAUGUUGAAAAUGAAAGAUGGUGGCUUGAUCAUGGAGGAGGACAAGGUUGCUGGCUCAGUUUUCUUUUAUAAGGAUGACCUAUGGAUUACCGCUGAGGUCGAGGCCACCAUUAAGGCUAAGACCAAUUGGGCCACGACUGAGGGCUUCGGAGGGGUCACCGUUAGGGCCAUAAAUUACGACGACUUUAACGGUUACGUAACGACUAAGAAACACCCCCUCCUCACGGCUGUCAAUGAGGGGCUCAACAAAAACUAACUGAAUGUCUAUUGUAAACAAAAUACAUGGCUACAAAAUCUAUAAUGAAUCAAAGUUAUUGAUUUAAUUAAGUAAAUUAAAUUAAUUAAUUUCAUGUUUAAUGCAAAAUAAAAUUAUUUGCAAAUAACAAUUGCAUUUAAAUUAGCUA